AUGGAGGGAGGCAGGUGGUGCCACCAGAACGCAGGGAGAAGGGGGGAAAUCUUCCCCGCGGAUCCCACCCUCCCCGGCAGCUUCUCCUCCCUCCCGCAGGUGUCUCCGGAGCAGGUGAUCCUGUCCCACAGCCCCCUGCGCCUCUUCAGCCAGUUCCACCAGAAGUGCAUGCUGGUGGCCGGGCAGGGGCCCGUGGAGGAGAACGCCCAGAACCUGGGGUUCAAGCAUGUGGUCACCAUCGAGGCACUGAGGAAGGCGUAUCCCCUGUUAGACAUGGUGGAUCAGAGCCGGAGGCCAAAGGAGCUGCCUCCUCCAACCACUGGCUUCCCCACUAUAGAAGGGGUGAUUCUGUUUGGUGAGCCAGUGAGGUGGGAGACAAGCCUGCAACUUAUUAUUGACGUACUCUUGAGCAACGGGAACCCGGGGGCAGAGCUGCAAGAUAUACCAUACCCCCAUCUGCCUGUCCUCGCCUGCAACAUGGAUCUCCUGUGGAUGGCCGAAGCCAAGAUGCCCAGGUUUGGCCAUGGCACUUUCCUCCUCUGCUUGGAGAACAUCUACAAGAAGGUGACAGGCCGGGAGCUGAAGUACGAGGCCUUGAUUGGCAAACCCAGCACAGUCACCUACCGCUAUGCUGAAUACUUGAUAAAAGAGCAGGCAGAGAAGCAGGGCUGGAAGUCUCCCAUCCGACGCCUCUAUGCAGUUGGGGAUAACCCUAUGUCCGAUAUCUAUGGGGCAAACCUCUACAACAACUACCUCAAGUCAGCUCAACAGAACCAGGUCCAGGCUGGGGUGAAGAGGAACCUGCAUGCAGCCAGUCCCCAAACUGAGGAUCACCUUGAGCUGAGGAAGGACUGCAACAAUUCAGUGGAGAGUUGCAAGUCGAUUCUGGUCUGCACUGGGGUCUACCGCCACAAUGGAGAUGUUCCCAGUAACACAGAGGAAUGCACAACAGAGACGGUCUUCCAUGGCCAUCGGGACUUCUGCUUUGACCCCACUCUGGUGGAAGCCUCUUACAUAGUGCAGGAUGUGAAUGAUGCUGUGCAACUCGCUUUCAAGAAGGAGAACUGGAGCUAGGGUUAAGACGGGUGUGCCUAAAGAUCUACCGUCAGGGAUUUUAUGUACUGGAAAGGGAAGAGGGGAAGAACAGGGAGAGACCUGGGGUGAUUUUCUAAUCUAGCCAACAUGAAAGAAAACUCCCUCUCUCAGCACUAAAACCCCCUUGCUUUUGUUGAUACUCAUCUGCAAUCCUGACAGCUGCCAGCAGGCUUUCUACUGUGAACGUACAUUGCUGCCAUCAAUAAUUGAGUCAGAACGGAAACAGGGUAUAAGGAGAAGGUUUGUCCCAGCAAUCCCAGUUUUGUUCAGUCAUCAGCAUUCUUUCUUUUCCACCCUUUGUGCGUGAGGAUCAGGCAAGCCUGCCCUUCUUCUCACAACGUGUUUCGAGGAUGAAGCUCUUCCCUGUGCAAGGAGCCACCACCAGCCAACGUACCAUUUGUACAAUUCGUCCGCCUGCGAUGUGAGCACACCAGAAUCUGCCUUGUGGUGACACUCUGCCAAGGGAAGGCUUUAAG